AUGUUCACGGUGAGCUGCUACGUGUUCCACCCCCUCCUGCAUAGGUUCGUGAGGCUCUGGAGAUAUGUGCAGGUUGUAUCAGAUGUCCUCAACUUCUACCUGACCAUGUUAUGCUGUCCGUGUGCCAAUGAAGUGCCUUUCUCCACAUCGUCCUCCGUUGAUUCUAAACCGUCAGUGCAAAUAUUUAAGGCUGAAGCACUGGCGAAAGCACAGAAGCAAGUAGACCAUGGGCCAUCAUGUGGUGAACCGGUGAAGGCACCCCACUUGGUGAUCGACUUCACCCCUGGCAGGGAAGAUACGCCGGAGAUACAGAAGCGCUGCCAGCAGUACUGGCAGGAUGCCAAGAAUCGCCAAGAACAUAACGACAUGACUUCGAAGAGUCAAAGCCCAAUUGAUUUGACGACAGACGGCUCACAUCACGACAGGCGUAGAGAAAGCCAAAAUAAUAUACCACGCGUACAUAUGCACAAGAAACAUAGCAAAAAAGGUAAUGUACAGAUGCCACUACUCGAGCACAGCAAUAUCAUGCUGAAAUAA